AUCUACGUCACCAUCCGGCCCCUGCCGUGGAGAAGGGCGCGAGAUAGAAAUCCAGGAGCGCGGACAACCCCGGGCGCUCUGCUCCAGCUGGUCACAAGCUGCUCGCUACAUUCAACACAACAGCACCGAGGCCUCCAUCUCAACCCAGCGGCCACUUUCUAAAGACAACAACAAAAAAAAGAAGAAGAAGCGGAAUACAACUCAACAGGGUCUAAUAUUCAUGCACAUGACGUGAAACGACCGCAGGACAAAUCACCGUGUGACCGUAAACAACAGAAACCGAGGGAAAUGUCUUCUUGGUGGGCGCGCUGUGAUGACGGAGAGGAGGCCAUGCAUCAAGACACCGAUUCUGAUGUGGCAGAUCAGAGAGACGGUGGGAAAGUGAAGGUGAAAUGGACACCAGAGGAGGAUGACCAGCUCAAGGCUCUGGUUCAAAAGCUAGGACCCACUGAUUGGAAAUACAUUGCCAGCUAUAUUCCAAAUCACAGUGAACACCAGUGUCAGCACCGUUGGUUUAAGAUCUUGGACCCAGAAUUGGUUAAAGGUCCCUGGACAAAGGAGGAGGACGAGAAGGUUAUAGAGCUUGUAAAUCAAUAUGGCAACAAACAGUGGGCAAUGGUCGCCAAGCAUCUGAAGGGCAGACUGGGGAAGCAAUGUAGGGAGCGCUGGCACAAUCACCUCAACCCCAAUGUGAAGAAAUCAUCAUGGACAGCCGAGGAGGACCUCAUCAUCUACAAGGCUCACUGUCUGCUCGGAAACCGCUGGGCUGAGAUUGCCAAGUUGCUCCCUGGAAGGACGGAUAAUGCCGUGAAGAAUCACUGGAAUUCCACCAUCAAACGCAAGUUAGAGAUGGGUUUCUAUGCCGGGGAGGUCUUCAGGCCCAAUGAACUUGAAGAGCUGUUGGCCCGUGUGAAUAAAGAUAUGCAGAUUCCCGGUGGUUCCCAAGAUGAUCCAGACAAAGAUGCAGAGCAGAAAACACAUAAUUCAAUGCAGGAAGCUCCAGGCUCAGUUUCUGUUGAAACUGGCCGCGGUGAAGCAGGACCGUCAAGUGCUGUGUCCUCCCCUAAGGACGGUUUAAGCCCCAAGACUGAAGCAGACUCCAGCUGGGUGGUGGACAGUUCUGGCUUUCUCUCUCCUUCUGGCCCGGCGCUGAAAGAAGUGCUGGAAUUGGUUGAUGGGGACCUCGAUGGCUGGUGCAACCUCGCAGCCUUUGACCUGCCUGUGGACAGUCCAAGCCCAGAGCGCCACCAGUUUCGUCUGGAGGGCAGUGCCCUGCAGGAGUUAAGCAAAGGCAGCAAGGGGGAACUCAUCCCCAUCUCUCCUGGAGGCGUGACGCCACCCUCCACACAGAUCCGUAGGAGCAGGAGAUACAAUGCCUUUUCUCCGGAUGCUAAUAACUCCAUGACCCCCAAGAGCACUCCGGUCAAAAUCUUGCCCUUUUCUCCAUCUCAAUUCCUCAACAUGUGGACCAAGCAGGACACUCAUGACCUGGAGAACCCGUCUCUCACAUCCACGCCAGUCUGCAGCCAGAAAGCCAUUGUUACUACACCGCUACAACGUGACAAGACCCCCCACACUCAGAAAGAAAACUCAGCAUUUGUGACACCCAACCACAAGUCUGAGCUCUGCACGACCCCACGAACUCCAACGCCUUUCAAAAAUGCCAUGGAGAAGUAUGCUCUGAUGCCUUUGCCUCAGACUCCAAACCUUGAAGAUGACAUCAACGAAGUCAUCCUAAGAGAUGCAGGGAUCAACGUGAUUCAUUUACGGUCCACUCCACCCAAGCAAAGACGCAAAACAACGCAUCGGCCUCCUAUGAAGAAAGUACGGAAAUCUUUGGCCCUUGAUGACAUGGACUGCCAGGUGAGGCCUACAUCCAAACGCAAGUCUCACAAACACAGCGUCAAGGACGACCCCAUGAUAGUUUCUUUCAACUCUUCCUCAAUCUGCAGUAAGCGACAUGAUAAUAUAUUGGAUCAGGGCUUCCUUCUGGGACCGAGUGACAGUGCCAUAUUUCCCAGCACAAUGCCCCCCCGUCCGAUGUCAAAAGAAUGGGAGAUGGUUGUUUGUGGACAAACUAAAGAUCAGCUCAUCAUGACAGAAAAAGCAAGACACUACCUCCGCUCACUUAAAUCCCACGCCACCAGCCGAGCUCUGAUUCUGUCCUGAGAGAUCUCACAUCUGUACAUCAACAUGUUACACUUUCUGAACCUCAUGUUUUUGUUAUCCUCCUGCUUUCUGCGGUUUGCAAUUCUCGGUGGUGAAAACGUGGCAUUAGUAGGCUUAGUGCAGUUUUUGAAAGAAGUUCAUAGCAAUCAUAGCUGAUAUUUUUACAUCCCUAGCAAAUAUUGGCGAGAGAGUUGUUUUUUUUAGUGUUGGUCCUACUCUCAUGCCAUGUGCAUGACUUGAAUAACGCGUUAAUCACAUUUUUCUGUAUGCAUGUCACUUGAACAUGUUUGAAAAGAACAAUGAUUGUAAAAAUGAAAAUUAAGACUAAAUGUUUGCUAUCACUGAAAGACAUGGUUUUACAUUGCCCUAUGUGUCUGUAAUUUAGCAGUUUUUAAAGUUGUAAAGAACAUAACUCAGGUUGCACCUCCAUAUUUCAAGUUCUGUUGUAUAACUAGAAUAUGGAGUAAAAUUGGACAGUAUUACAUACUUUUGAAAAUGAGGGAUACAUGUUAAAAAUGUAAGUGAACAUUAUUGAAAAAAAAAAUGCUCUUAAUACUAAAUAUGCACCUCAAUAUGCAUAUUAAAAGUUAGAACCUCACAUUGAGAAAAUGAUAUUUCCUGGAAAUGUUAUAGUCUCUGCAGCACACAUUCAUCCUUCAAGGUGGUGCUACUACUUGGUUACAACAAAGUGAUGAACAUGCUCGACAGUGUUUUAUGCAAUAACUGGGUAAGUAAUAUGUCAUGGACACAUUGAAGCUGUGCCAGCAUUCAUGGAAGAGGUAUUGUUUGUAAAUAUUUAGUGUUGACUGUUUUUUUGUAAUGAAAGAAAUUUGUUUAAAAAAUAAAGUAAAGCUAUUAGAAUUU